AUGGUAACUACAGAACCCAUGAUUACUACAGAACCCAAUGUAACUACAGAACCAAUGGCAAAUACAGAACCCAUUAUUACUACAGAACCAAAUAUAACUACACAACCCAAUGUAACUACACAACCCAAUGAAAUUACAGAACCUACUGUAACUACAAAACCCGAUGUAACAACAAAACCCACGAUAACCACAGAACCUAAUGUAACUACAGAACUCAGUGUAACUACAGAACCAAUGAUAACGACAGAACCAAAUGUAACUACAGAAUCCAGUGUAACUACAGAACCAAUGAUAACGACAGAACCAAAUGUAACUACAGAACCCAGUGUAACUACAGAACCAAUGAUAACGACAGAACCAAAUGUAACUACAGAACCCAGUGUAACUACAGAACCAAUGAUAACGACAGAACGCAGUGUAACUACAUAA